AUGGGUAUGGACUGCUAUGAUUUUGCAGGGACGAUCAGAGCGCCUCCGUCGCCGCCCCACCUCGUGCCCUACGUCCCCCCCUCCGAACGCGUCCACUUCCACACGUACUGGCGAGUCGACUUGGCUGCUUUUGGCCCGAGGCAGGAGUGGAUGCUCAAGUCUUUCUUCGCCACGCAGGAUCUAUCCCACGCGCGGCUCGUGUUGUGGUCGAACGGGGACCUGGGUGCCAAUCCCAUCUUGCAAAAAUACGAGCGCCGCUUUCCGGACUCGUUCGAGUUGCGCGUGGUGGAUAUACCUGCACUGGCCAAGGGCACGCCGAUGGACGGGAGUGGUUUGUUGCAGUCGAAUGAUAAGAAGGCGUGGAUUGAUGGCGAUCUGGUGAGGUUGUUGGUCGUGUGGACGUAUGGAGGCGUGUGGAUCGACAUGGACUCGUUGAUGACGAGAGACAUUGCGCCGUUGCUGGAGCACGAGUUUGUCACGCAAUGGGAUUGCUAUGACAAGGCAUACCAGCCCUUCAACGGCGCCCUCAUGCACUUUCGACAACAUUCACCCUAUCUCUGCGAGGCAUUCCACAUCAUGGCCACCUCCCAGCCCCCUCGACAAGACUCAACCGACUGGGGGUCACUUCUCUACCACAAGCUCUGGCGACGCCUCGUGGCAGGGUCCAUCCCGCCCUUUAAAGUUCUUCCGUUCUGCUUCAGCGACGCCCGUGCGUGCAGGCUGGAUAACCGCCUUCCGGAUCCGUUUGUGGCUGAUAGGUCGAGUGGGAUGUGGACGAUGGGAUUGGGGAUGGAGGAGGGAGGUGGGUUGGAUAGGGCGCUGAGGAAGGUGUUCUCGGUGCAUUUGCAUAACCAGUGGGAGAAGGAGUUUCCUCUGGAUGGUUGGGUCGACCGUUUGCUGCUGCAGAGGUACGAUCAGAAGUUGAAGGGAAGAGAGGAAGAGGAGAUAAAACAAGAGCUAUAGUGAUACAGGGACGUGGGGUGAUAUUUCAGGGGACAUUGUGUGCGGCAACGCCGACGGUAGGAAUCAGUGCUCUAGUUACAUGCAUGGGAUAAUACUGUUUUUUUUGCAUUCUAAUUGUGUAUACUAUUUAAUACAUACGAUCACUUUCGAGAUUCUUAUGCUGAAACUGCUGUUUU